AUGACGGCGACCAUGGAUUUAGAUUCUGAUUCGGGGUGCGUUUAUUUUGGGCAUCACAGUAGUUCUGACUCCAAUGGUGUCCCUAUGGGCAGCACAACGUGGAUGUUGUCUUGCGACGGUGCAGCUUCCAACAUGACGGUCAACAUCUCUUAUGAGACUUCUCUUCCCACCCCAUCGCCGACGAUGGAGCCUGGGGCACCGUGCACUUGUGAGCAGGCUUGUGGCCUCUUUCCAUAUCUUGAUUUAGACAGUGAUGGUUGCCUAGUGGAGGCAGAAGUGGACAAAGAUGAGAAUCUCUACGGGCACUUCAACGAGAUAGACGCGGACGGGGAUGGCUGCGUCACCCAGGCAGAGUGCGGGGACUCGCCGUACGCGGCUGGUAUGACUGCGUUCCCAAUCCAGGGCCCAGCUGAAUGCGACUACGGAUACUAUUUCAUGGAAGGCACCAGCAUCUGCCAGCAAUGCCCCGCCGGUGCCACGCGGCGGCGCCGCUCGGAGGGCUGCAGCGACUGCCCAGCGGGCAAAGUGGACUUGGGCGACUUCGAUAACUGCAUCUCGGGGGUGUGGCUCACUGAACCCCUCUCGGUUGGGUCCGACGUUGUCUUCGUCAACAAGGCCGUUGACGAGAGCGGGGUGUUGUUGCAGAAGGGCGAUGGGAUCACCAUGUCGACGCGCAACCCUGGCCACUUCGAGAGACUGAUCAUCGUCGACAAGAUUGGUUUCGAUGAUACCGAGAGGUUGACGUCAUACCAUGAGUCUCUGCUGCGAAAGAGUGGGCCCUUUUUCAUACUGGACCAUGGGGUGCACGCGGCGUUCAACAAGUAUGACGCUAUCGUUUCUGCUUGCACAAUGGUCAAUGGCAUCUCGCUCAGCGAGCAGUACCCGUGCGGAUGUGGCAUCGAAAUCUGCGAUCUCGGGUACAGGUGUGACGAGCAGUGCAGUGGGAACAACACGGUCCUCGAUGGCUAUACUGGCAGCGGCUUCGGGAACGGCGGAUGUUGCAUCGGCCCUCCUGCCAUUCCUCUGCCCACCCCGGCCCCGACGGUGUCGGCCAAGGGUGACCCGCAUUUGGUCAACCUUCUUGGCGAGCAUUUCGACAUCAACCACGACGGCGAGUUCACUUUGCUCCGAAUCCCGCAGGCCGCCGAAAGGACCGCCGAGGUGCAGCUUCAGGCAACGAUCCGCCCCGAGCACGGGAAGCCAUGCACCACGUACAUCACCGCGGUCGAGCUCUCGGGCGCAUGGAUCGGUGGGUCGGUCGUGCAGGUGCGCUCCUACCUCAGGUCGCACACCAAGAAUCAAAGCGACGAGUUCUUGGGGCUCCGGGUGAUGGAGCCAGGCGCGCCAGAAGACGUUCCAUGGACGAGGCUCGCGGAUUGGACCGAUGCAGACAUGGUUCUCUCCGAGCAGCAGGCAAGUGACGGCGUGAGGGUGACAAUUUCCAAGGCACAGUGGCGCACCAAAAAGAGCGUGAAGGAAGGAUUGCCGACCUUAGCGGGGCAGCUUCAGAUCACGAUGCAUAACAAGUUCAGCGAAGAUUCCGCGAUGAUCGUGGUCCGCCAAGACCUCCCCAUGCAGGAGCACCUGAAUUUGGCCGUGCGGCGCUUGAGCGCACUCGGUCGUGCAGACAUUGGCGGGCUUCUUGGAUUCGAUGCGCAUGCCGAGUCGCUAGAGGAUGUCACGCCAGAGUGCCAGCGUCACCGCGAUGGGUUGGACACGACAAAAGGCCCCCACUCAACGCCAGGUUGGAAGAUUCGUUGGCAGAGGAUCAAGGAGCAGCGCGCGAGGAAUCCUAUACCAGGUGGGUCAAUGAACGACAACGAAGCAGCUGCCAAUCUCGUUCAUACGAUGCCAAUGAAAGAGCAGGACAUGAUGUGCGUCUGCCCCGACGGAGAACCCAUGCAUUCCACAGAGGACGAUUACACCGCGAGUCUGAUUGGCGCUGGACGCCAAGGCGUCCUUGCAACGUUCCAGACAGGCAGGUUUGCGGAGGCAACGUGGGACUGA